GUCAACCACCUGUAACCUUCGCCGAAAACCGUCCCGCCAUGACUCCAGCGGUCAUCAACGUGUCUACGCAAUCAUCGCUUGUUUGAUAUUCGUCGGAGUCGUCUGUUUGGUAACCUUCACGGUGCUUGGAACAUUAACAAAAUCCGACGAGGACCCGGACGACCUCGACGCCCUUGGCGGUGGUGGCGGCGGUGGUAGCGGUGGUGGUGGCGGCAGUGAAAGUCGAGCUGCGGGUGUCAAUGCUUCCUCUCCAGCAUCGCCUCCAGCAGGAACACCACCAGAGACAAGCGGUAGCUUGCCUGUAUUACGAGUUCCAACACCACAAGGUCCUGUUACGCCGAAACCGACAACGACCCCGACCACGACCCCGAGGAUGACGGCGACGACUACAUUGACACCAUUCACAGAACUUGUCUGCACGGUUUCCGGCUUUGCGGUGUUUGGAUACAUGUACCCACCAGACGGCUGGUGUCAUUACCUCUUCUACUGGAACGUGGUCGUAAUUGGCGAAACCAUACGGGCCGCAGAGGUCUCACUUUCGUGGCAAAUUUUUAAGGACCAAACGGCACAGCUGAAGAAAACGUCCGGAGGCAUGAGCUUCGACUCCCGGUACGUGGCUGCGUCUAGUAUCCGCUCAGCAGAGAAGGAGCUCGAAUAUCUGGCCACGAUAAACAACAUCAAGCACUACGGUGUUUUGAACAUGUUGGCCACCCCAGAGAAAGCGCACGACUUGUUGCAGCACACGAAAGCGCUUCUUCAAAAACUCAAGACUAUUCAAGGUAACGACAUCACCAAAAGGACGAUACUGGCGAUGGGCCUGUACGAUUAUGGUUCGCAAGGCGAAUACUAUAGCUUUUUCACGAAUCUGUUCAAAGAAGCAGUCGAGACGUCGAAGGCGGACACUGUCAUCGCGAUUAGCUCUGUCGGGUGGCUGUACAAUGCGAGCCGAUGUGAAUGUACGCCACCCUCAGUCUGGGACACGUCGGCACUACCAGGUUUGCCCAGCACAUUGGGAAGAAGUUAUCCUGACCUGAGCCGGCAUGCGGCACUGAUGUUGAAACACCAAAGCAACUUCGACUUGAAGGUUAAGACGGGCCUCUCUUUCGAGUUGGCCACGCUGGCGUACAAUAGGACACAUGUCUCUCGGCACUUGCAGGCUGUGAAUGUUGCAAUGAUUCCCAGCGAGUGCAACUUGUUCUUUACGACGAGCUUUGAUGUCGUGCCAUGUAAAAAAAAAUUCAGGCUCAAAUCGCGCCCUUGUGCACCCAGACAUCAGGAUCGCAAUUGUGAAACGCGGGGCACCUCUAAUUUUCCUCUUCGAGGACGAGGAUACCCUGCAGAAAAAGUGCAGGGACCUGCUAAAACCAUCUACCGACCUGCGGCCAAACAUGGCGAUACUCCUGUUGAAAGUUCACCUCGGCGCCUACUACUCCGUGAACGAAUGCGGCAGUGACGAUCCACUGAGGGCCGACCCAUUUUGUCGUGUUCGCGUGGUGAAGACACUGAAUAUGACGUGACGCCGAAUGGAGGUGGCUACAGUUGAACUGAGAAAUGAAAAUUUUCAGCGUUUGCCAGCGGUGGCAAUACGUUGGUGAUGUUUUCGAUUUCUUUACUAUUAUAAUUUAUUGUGCAUUA